AGUGAGCGACUGGGGCGGAUGGCACGCCUGCUUGGCAUGCUGGUAGCACCCCGGUUCACGGCAGGCAAUGCACGAGAUCGCGUCAUUUCACCAACUUAAACGAGGGAAGAUCUCGCUUUGACACGGUCCUUUUCAAGAGGGGGAAGAAAGUCUACCUCCAGUCCUGCUAGAAGAUUGGGAGCCAUCGAGUUGCUGUCUGGUGAGCCCUGUUUCUGUUUAACUGCCCCAAAUCCAGGUGACUUCCAUGAGGCUGCCCGCAGACCUCCGGCAGUGCUUCAGGCAGCGAGAUGCCCUGCAGCUGCAGAACGAGACCUGUGGUCUUGAAAAUUCUGGUAAACUGGUGAAGUUCCAAACCCAUCACUUUCAGUACUGGAGUGUUUCCUCUGUCCUCUAAGUCCGUGUCUCAGGGGAAGAUUCUACAGAAGAUGCAGGCAUGCUGAAAACUUCAGAAAAGUGAGCCAUGCAUCAUUCUGAAAGCUGAAAAGUAGCCCCCUGGUAGGGUCAUGAACCUAAUACAAGUCUUUGUGUCUGUACUGAUGUUUGGGGUAGCUGGUCUACUCCUCUUCAUGUAUCUGCAAGCUUGGAUUGAAGAACAACACACAGUGUCUGGAGAAACAUUGCAACAACAGGUAUUUAAUCAGGAUUUCACACUCCCACCUCUAGGGAUGCCAAGGAGAGCAGCAUGGAGAAGGAGCACUCCUCCUGGCCUCAGUAAGCACAAGAUGGCCAUCCCAGGUGGCACACACUGGCGGGUCAAGGCUAACCCUUUUGGUGUGGUGGCUGCCUCCUUAGUGAGCCAACUGUCUGGCCAGCAGAAGAUAAGCGAGCCACCUCUCAGCCAGUUCAGAGGGGUGUAUUUACCUCCUGCACCGCACCCUUUAAACAAGACGUUAGUCAAAGGUGGCAAGUGGAAGGAUGUGGACAGCACCCAGGAAAAGCGCAGGUCCUUCCUGCAUGACUUCUGCAAGAAAUACAACAGCAGAAAGAAGUUGCAAUCCCACCUUGUGCACCUGGUGUCAAGAAUUUAUGUUGAAGACAGACACAAGGUCCUGUACUGUGAAGUGCCAAAAGCAGGUUGCUCCAAUUGGAAAAGGGUCCUUAUGGUGCUCAAUGGACUUGCUGCUUCAGCACACAACAUUUCCCAUGAUGAUGUGCACUAUGGAAAGCAUCUAAGGAAACUGGACAGUUACGAUCUAAAAGAGAUAUACACACGCUUGAACACAUACACCAAGACUAUAUUUGUACGUGAUCCUAUGGAAAGACUGGUGUCUGCCUUCAGGGAUAAGUUUGAACAUCCAAACAGCUAUUAUCACCCAGUAUUUGGAAAGGCAAUAAUUAAGAAGUAUAGACAUAAUGCAAAUGAAGAGGCAUUGAAAACAGGAUCAGGAGUCAAGUUCAAGGAGUUUAUCCAGUAUCUAUUAGAUUCCCAUCGCCCAGUAGGAAUGGAUAUUCAUUGGGAGCAAGUCAGUAAGCUCUGCUAUCCCUGCCUCAUCAACUAUGAUUUUAUAGGAAAGUUUGAAACCCUGGAAGAAGAUGCCAACUACUUUUUGCGGCUGGUAGGUGCUCCAGACAAGCUGAAGUUUCCUAAAUUCAAAGACAGACACUCCUCUGAUGAGAGAACAAGUGCAGAAGUAGUGAGGCAAUACCUAAAGGAAUUGUCUGAGGAGGAGAGACAGCUGACCUACGAUUUCUAUUACUUAGAUUACUUAAUGUUCAAUUAUACAUCACCAGUCGUAUAGCAGAGAAUAGCUUCAGGCUUCUAUUAGAUAUUAAUCAUUUUGGGAUUCAAAACAACUACUUUGAUAUUAGCCCUGAAAGGAAACAAAGUUACUGCUAAGUGGAGUUGUCUUGACUUAGUGGGGAUUUUAUAAGCUUGAGUGAUAUCACUUGACAUUAAAUUAUAGGAAAAUGCACAAAAAAAAGACCUGUAAACAGCAUAAAUUGCACUAAAAUGCCUGAAAAAGCUGCUUUUACCAUUAUGGGUUAUACUGUGGAAGUGGUAGCGCAGCCAGCUGUUGCAUUAGCUUACCUAAUGUUCUUUUAAUGGUUUAAGAAAAAAGCAUUCAGAGUAGCAUGAUUCUUUUCUGGUGUGUCUGCUUUAGAAAUUGGUUUUGAACUAUUUUUGAAUGUAUUUUUUACUUUCUGUCACUUAUUAAUAAAGAAGCAUCGGCUAAUUUUCUAAAAUGUUUGCAGUGUUCUCAGUUGCAAGGCUUGGUUAUUUGAUUACCAUUAGACUGUAGCUGGUUUUAGACGUGAUUGGUUUUUAUUGAAGGAUGAUCUUAAACAUGAAUGCAUAAAACUACAAAUAACAUAGCAGGUAAACUGUUGAGCAGAAUAAAUUUGGGUAGCCUGUGAUCUGAAGUCCCAAUCCACCGCCCCAUUUUGAUUGAUGCACUAGAGUCAACAAACAACCCUCCUUUCAGAGAACUGCCACAUACAUUAAAAGGAGCAUUUUAAUUUACACUGGAGUCAACCACAAGAUGCAUGCUGUGGUCCCAAAAUUCAAGAUAGUCUUGAUCUUUGGUGAUAGGGCAAAGCCUUAGGGUGGUAGCAGUGGGACAUUUUCAGGUCUGUACUAAGAAGCAACACCAUUGCAACCGCUCUUGUUCUGCCAGUGUCUGAUCAUCAGCCCAGCUCCCAGCAGUUUGUUAUACAGGUGUGUUUGUUAUACAUUGCCUCCCAAACCCAUGGACUGGUUUUGUCCCCAGAGCUUCCUGAAGUCACCUGUGUUUUGCUGUCCUUCCUGCCUUGUUAGAAGCCACCAAACCCCAGGGGUGGGGUGAAUGUGCAGUGUUAUGUGGUGGGAUGAGUACUGAUGAUUUGUCCUAGAGGUAGUUGUCCCACAGUCCUGGUUAUAAAAGGAAAAGGUACCUUCUAUCCUCCUCUUCCUUCUCCUCCCUCAAAUCUUGUCUGACUAAUCCACGCGGUCAUUCCUGCAACCUGCAGUUGCACGUGGUAUUGUAGGAUAGGUGGCCAGGAUGUCCGAGGAGCAGGAGGAGAAAUUUCUGCAAAAUGGAUUGGGAGAAAUCCCAAUGCCCUUCCAAGAUAAAGAUGACGGCUGUUCUUUGCUUCCCCAAGUGGGCUGGGGCAUCUAGCUCCAGUGUCUUGAUAUAGCAAGUUGCAGAAUAAAGAAACAGCCUGGUGGGAAACUGAUGCAAGUAAAAUGUGCUUUUCCUCUGUUCCCAACCACUGCUCACGGCUAGUGCUAUUGCUGUCCUUUCCCUCAUCUCGGACAAAGGUACAGCUUCAGUCCUUCUACAGAAGUAAUUGUGGGUCCCUGCUGGAAGGAGAGACCACUUCCUAUGUGCCCUUGCUGCUUGUUUCUCCCUGAGUUUUCUCCUCAGAAGAGGAAAAAAGAUGCCCCCAUGGUGCCAGUGUGUAACUGAGCAGACUCUGCACAUCUCUCCUCAUGGCAGAAUGAGUCGCUCCCAGGCAGAAAGGUAAAAGCACACUGAGCAGCCCAAGUGGGAGGGGGUGCUGUAUGUGACUAGCAGUACCUGUAGCUGAAGCCAGCGUGUUCCCUGGGGCUGUCAAGCAAAGAGGAGGAGAAGGAAAGACCCCACAAGCCAUCAUCACCAUGAGGUGUGGAGGGGUGCAGGGAUGCCUUGGAUAGAUAAAUGCACACACCGUUAACCUGUGUGAGCUGUUGCUGUGCCUAGACGGACCCAUAGAUGUUAACACCAGAAGCGUUUGGGGCAGGAUAUCCAACCACUGAACUGCCCCGAUGCAUGUCUUUCCUCCCAUGAAAAAUGUGUCCCUAAAUCUGCCCUUUAGACUCAAGAUGGUGUCUGACUCACACCUUCCCUGGCAGAAAUUCCUCCUGAUUUCCCUGUGGGAUCCAUCCCAGAGUAGAGAGCACUGGAGCUGCACUGCUCUUCCCGGGGCACCAUGGGGAGGGCAGAGAGGUAGUUCCUUGCAGCCACCGUCAUGCUGGACACCAGCACGCUACUGCUCCAGUGUUGUGCACCAUGCUAGGUAACGGCUGUUACCCAGUUCCUAUGUGUCUCUACCCAUCAUUUUUUUUUGUUAAUUUGGCCAUGCAUUUUCAUGACUGUUGCUCACAAGUGGGAUUAUGCAUUAGGACAUUAAAGAGCAGAUCCUGCCAGAGUUUUGAUUCUGUGUCGUCAAACCUCCUAACUCGUGAAAACUGCCUUAGAUUUCACUUGGAUUUGAUGUUGGUGUAAAAAGCAUCUUUUCCAUGGGUGCAGUGGAGCUGUCUAGAUCCUCUGCUCUUGUAAGUAUUGAUUCCCACCUCAAAUCCUGAAUGAGUCUCUCUUGCCUUGUAGGGAGGCCACUGAAGAUGUUGAAUAAAAAAUAAAUGGAUGGUAACCUUUGGAUGUCUAUAUACUUGCUUAUUCUUGUCUGUUGUGGAUAUGUACUAAUUAUUAUAUGUCAAUUGUUAAUUGACAGAAAUGAAAAAGGCUCAUGUACCAGUAUUUUCUAAAAAACAUAUGAGGAAAAAAAGGUUAACAUGCU